AUGGGUACGGUAUGCGGCCUUCAUCUCUGGGCUACUGGAAUCCUCGGCUUUCUUGCCUCGACUACGCAACGAUACGCACCAAAUGAUGACGUCGCGGAGCCGUGGCCGUACGAGUUGCGGAAGGAAUUGGGAUUGGUAAAGAAGCGCGAAAUGUUGCUCAGCGCCGACGCGACAGAGGCCGGUGGAGGCAGUGGAGGCGGAGGAAGCGAUGAUGGCGUCACAAUGGUCCUCUCGGCCGUAUUACAAUGGGCCAUGAUCAUCGUUUUUUGCUGCUGCUGCUGCGUUGGCGGUUAUUGCCUGUGCCAGAAUAGCAUUGCGGAUUCCAAUCUAGUCGCAAACAGGCGAAGGGCAUUCCUCAUAGCGGCAGCACAUGAACGAGGAGGAUGCGAGCGUGGUGGGCAAGGCUUCGAAAGCGAUCGAUACCGAUCCCAGCGC